UAAUAAGUAAAAUCCACCAUGAUCGGCCAUCAUUGAAUUAGGAAAAUACUCAUGACUUAUAUGAAAUUAGUACAUGAAAUUUGAUAAAUAAAAAAACUAAUAUCAGAAUAACGCUCUAAGAAAAACCCGUUUUGGUAGAAUUUGGCAAUCCUCUGAGCAUCUAAUCCUUCAAGGCUGCUGCGUUGUAGCAAGUUUCCGACAGAAGAAUGAACUCUGCGACUUUCAGCUCCACUUUUCUCCGAACCGGCUGCCUCCGCAAGGACUUGCAGGACGGGGUGAACAAUUUGAAGGCCGAUACGCGCAAUGCAGGGAAGGUGUUUGUUAAAUGUUAUGUGAAUACGAAAACCCAGAAAGCAGAAAAGGAAGUUCGGCUUGGUGUUCUUGGAGCCAGUGGUUACACUGGUUCUGAGAUUGUUCGGCUUUUGGCAAACCAUCCUCACUUUGGCAUUACCUUGAUGACGGCUGAUAGAAAAGCUGGACAGUCAAUAGGGUCGGUGUUUCCGCAUCUAGUUUCCCAAGAUCUACCAAAAAUGGUUGCUAUAAAGGAUGCUGAUUUUUCUGAUGUGGAUGCUGUUUUUUGUUGUUUGCCACAUGGAACCACACAGGAAAUUAUCAAAGGCCUUCCCAAGAGUUUAAAGAUUGUUGAUCUGUCUGCUGACUUCCGUCUACGAGACAUAUCUGAGUAUGAAGAAUGGUAUGGUCAGGCACAUAGCGCACCAGAGUUGCAGAAAGAAGUUGUAUAUGGUUUGACAGAGAUUUUGAGGGAGGAGAUAAAAGGUGCGCGCGUAGUUGCGAACCCUGGUUGUUAUCCAACUUCUGUUCAACUUCCACUUGUUCCAUUGAUCAAGGCCAAUCUCAUUGAAUCUAAAAAUAUUAUUAUUGACUCGAAAUCUGGUGUUAGUGGAGCAGGACGUGGUGCCAAGGAGGCAAACUUGUACACUGAAAUAGCCGAGGGCAUAUAUUCUUAUGGUGUUACUCGUCACCGUCAUGUUCCGGAAAUUGAGCAGGGACUAUCUGAUGCUGCAAAUUCAAAAGUAACCGUUAGUUUUACUCCACACCUAAUGCCAAUGAGUCGUGGUAUGCAAUCAACUAUCUAUGUGGAACUGGCUGCAGGGGUAAAUUUCAAGGACUUAAACCAACAGCUGAAGUUAUCCUAUGAGGAUGAAGAAUUUGUAGUUGUAUUGGAGGAAGGAGCUGUUCCUCGUACUCAUAACACUCGAGGGUCUAACUUUUGUUUCAUCAAUGUCUUUCCUGAUCGAAUUCCUGGGAGAGCAAUAAUCAUUUCUGUUAUUGAUAAUCUUGUCAAGGGAGCUUCAGGCCAAGCCUUACAGAAUCUUAAUCUGAUGAUGGGAUUUCCAGAAAACACGGGGCUUCUUUAUCAACCCUUGUUUCCUUAGCAUAUAAGUUCAUCGCACAUGAGUAGUUAAAGUGUUGAAAAAGUUGUUUGCAAGAGCUGCAUGACUAUAUCUAGGACUUUACUUUGGUUACACAAGUUUAGAGUUACCUUUUGACCUCCAAUGUUUGCAGAUUUUAAUUCCAAAUUGUAAUUUUGCGGGUAGAGUUUUUUAAUGCUGAUUUUAAUUUCUGGUUUAAUUAAAUAAGUGAAGGAAACUAUGAUUACCGUGUCAA